GGGCGGGAGAGCGCGUCGGCGGCGGUGAACGCGCGCACGAUCGGGAGCAGAAGUUGUCUACUCGACAUUCCCCUGGAGCGUUCCCGGGGUUUGCAGCGGCGACGCGUGCGUCACUCACACACACACACACACAGAGCGUCAGCAGCAGCUGAAUGUCAACAAGAAAUGAAACCAAGUGAGAGUGAGUGAGAGAGGGAGGAGGAGUGGCGGCGCUGCACGGCGCAGGGUGGGGGGCUCGCUUCGUGCUCUCUCUUUCUCACUCUCUGUGUACACUUCAAGAUUGCAAGCUCUUCACCUCCACGUUGUGGGGAAAGAGAGGCAACUAACCUAUUGGAAAACAUAACUCAAACACGCCGCUCGCUCACUCUUUCUCCCCACCCCAUACACACACAUUCAAAACAAGCCAGCAGCCGCGCCGAUUCAGCUCAGCUCCGCUCCCUCCGCCGGUGCCCAGGCUCGUUUUGGAAAGCGCUUGGCGCACAGGAUCAUGAGGUAUUUGUUUUGAACUUGGAGCUGGCUUGAACAUAGUCGAAAGUUAACCGGGUCAGAACGGAAUGUCUGUGGAUGAGAAGCCUGACUCACCCAUGUAUGUAUAUGAGUCAACAGUGCAUUGUACAAAUAUCCUCCUGUGCCUCAACGACCAGCGUAAGCAGGAUAUCCUUUGCGAUGUGACUGUUCUGGUGGAGAGGAAGGAAUUCCGUGCCCACAGGGCUGUCCUGGCAGCGUGCAGUGAAUACUUCUUACAGACUUUGAUCGGACAAACAGAACAUGAACUGGUUAUUACCCUGCCUGAGGAGGUCACCGCCAGAGGAUUUAGCCCAUUGUUGCAGUUUGCCUACACUGCUAAGCUAUUACUCAGCAGAGACAACAUUCAAGAGGUCAUGCACUGUGCUGAAGUCCUACAUAUGCACAAUCUGGAGGACUCCUGCUUCCGCUUCCUUGAGGCCCAGCUCUUCAAUGAAAAAGAUGGUUUUUUCCUUUACACCAAAAUGGCAACGUUCCAAAAGUCCAACGUACGAGAUGGGAAUUCAGACGGUGAGGGAGAACACAUGCAAUCUGACACUCGUAAGGUUACCUGUUCCAGGGACAGAAUAAGUAAUGAGACACUUGGGUUUGAAGCAUCUUCCAGGCUAUCUGAGAAGGAGCCAACUGUAAUAUCAAUCCCUGUUACAUCAAAUGAUGAUAUGGGACGCUGCCCAAAAUACAGGAAAUACCAGCUUGCUUGCACCAAGCAUAUCAGUAGCACACCACAUACCAGUACCUCAGGUUUUCCAAGCACAUUUAAAGAAGACCGGCCAGUCUGUACUCAAUCUCAAGGAUAUAGCAAGGCACAGGUAAAAAUUGAACCACAUGCACCAGAAAUUGCAGCAGAAAAUGCUGCUCAAUGCUUGUCUGAAAGUGAACCUGGUGCAGUAGAACAUGCAGUUGCAGAUAAGGAAAUGGACAUUAAGCAGAUGAGUCCAAUGUGUGUUGAUAGACCCAAAAGUAGAACACCUCCUUGUUCAAGGUUCAUUAAAAAAGCUGAAUCUACUGAGACACAAAAUCAAUUGCAACAACCUUUAGACACCAGAACAUCUUGUUCCCUUGAAGAGGGAAUGACUCAGGGUGACCUCAAAACAGAAUACAGGCCUUAUAGCGAAAUGUAUGGACUAUCCUGCACACCUCAGAAAGACAACAAUAGCUUUACUGUUGGAUCCCAACUGACAGGACCAUCUUGUGAAGUGAUUUGCAAACAGGAACUGGAAUCAGACAGAAAGAGUGUUAUAUUUUCUUCUGGUACCUUGGACAGGAUGAACACUCCUGCUGCACAUUCAUAUACUGGUGGGAGUUCACUAGAGGACGAACUUACUGAGCAUGUGCCAAAAGGUUUGUGGAGUGGUACUAGCCAGUCACUUCCAUGUUCACAGACUUGUGUUUCCACUAGACUUGCAAUGGAGCCUUUAUUGCCAUUGAAUUCAUGUAGAAUUCGACCUACCUGUAAAACCAGCUGCCCAGUGCCAAUUAAAGUGUGUCCUCGAUCUCCUCCAUCUGAGACUAGGACCAGAACCUCAAGUUCCUGUUCCUCUUACUCAUUUCCUGAAGAUGGAAGUGGUGGUUCUCCUUGCAGUUUACCCCAGUUUGAAUUGUCCACUUCACCCUGUUCACAAGGAACACGUUUCCUAUCUGCAGAACAGCAAGAGUUAAGCAUGAUUGGAGAUGCAAUGUUUAAUCAGUGUAAACCACCAUUAAAAUGUGAACAAUCAUAUGGCACCAACUCCAGCGAUGAGUCUGGAUCCUUUUCAGAAGGGGACAGUGAAUCAUGCUCAACUCGAGAGAGAGGACGUGAGGUCAAACUUCCCUUUCCAAUUGAUCAAAUCACAGAUCUUCCAAGGAAUGAUUUCCAAAUGAUGGUGAAGAUGCACAAGUUAACCUCUGAGCAACUGGAGUUCAUUCAUGAUGUUCGCCGGCGGAGCAAGAAUCGGAUAGCAGCCCAACGAUGCAGGAAGAGAAAACUGGACUGUAUUCAGAACCUGGAAUGUGAAAUUCAAAAGUUGGUCUGUGAAAAAGAGAAAUUACUGACGGAAAGGAACCAGCUGAAUGCUUGUAUGGGAGAACUAUGGGAUAAUUUCUCAUGCCUUUGCCAGGAAGUAUGUGGUGAUGUCCAGUUAAACCCAGAGCAGAUACAGUCAUUGCACAAGUUUUGUCCAGUAUUUAGGCCGAUGGAUGAAACUGCAGCUACAGGCAGUACCACCUUGCCCAUUGCUGGAUUAGAGCAGAAGAUCUUGAAAACACCGUGCAUUGGAGAUGGUAUGCAGUGCUGUUCAGAGCAAGGAGAGUCCCAUCAUCAGGACCAGUGGUCACCUAGCCACAAUGUAGAAGUGUGCACAUCAGGAAAUCUGCAAGGGAUUCUCAACCAAGGAACAUGCUCAGAAAGGGGGCCCUCACUUGAACAGUGCAGUCAAACUGUGACAGUAGAUUUCUGCCAGGAAAUGACUGAUAAAUGUACAACUGACGAACAGCCUAGGAAAGAUUGCACCGAAUGACUUUUUAAAUUCUUCCAUCUUAUUUGUUUCCCUUUAAAGUAAGCAGGAGGUUCAGUCGGGAUGCAGGCAAAGUUCAUCUAUUG